AUGAACAUGGAACUAAAAAGCCUAAAGAGUCCUGACCGUGGGACGCCAGUCUCGCUCGAAAGUGUCGAAGUAGUCAAAGAAGCUACUGAAGACCUGCCGCAGCAGCGUACAGGCGCGAUGCAUCGGUUCGUGGACUCCUUCAAAAGGCCCAUCGAAGAAUCCACGGAGGAAACCGCCUACGGCGAAAAUGAUAGCGACCAGUACAGACGCACAUCGGACGUCAACUCAGCAAGUAAACACAAGACGCUAAAGCAGAACAUCAGGCCCAGACAUGUGUUGUUGAUUUCGCUGGCCACCGGUAUCGGUACCGGUAUGCUUGUCGGUAACGGUAAGUCGCUGCACAACGGUGGGCCCGCAGGGCUGGUCAUUGGUUAUGUCAUUGUGUCGACAAUGCUGUACUGUGUCAUUCAGAGUGCAUCUGAGCUCGCGAUGGUCUACACAUCGCUCGCCGGCGGCUUCAACGCCUAUCCGUCAUUACUGGUCGACAAAGCGUUCGGAUUCUCCAUUUCAUGGGUCUACUGCCUGCAAUGGCUGUGUGUGCUCCCACUGGAGCUUGUUACUGCGUCGAUGACCAUUAAAUACUGGAACGAUGAUAUCAAUCCAGACGCUUUUGUGGUGAUUUUCUAUGUGUUUCUCGUUGCCGUCAAUUUCGUUGGAUCCGCUGGCUACGCAGAAGCCGAGUUCUUCUUCAAUACCUGCAAAGUGCUCAUGAUAGCAGGGUUUUUCAUCCUAGGAAUCAUCAUCAAUUGCGGUGGUGCUGGAAAUAGUGGCUAUCUUGGAGCGCUGUACUGGCGCGACCCAGGGUCGUUCAGAGGCCAUAACGCCAUAAACCGCUUCAAAGGUGUUAUCGCGGUGCUAGUAAAUGCAGCAUUUGCAUACGGUGGUGCUGAGUUUUCAGUACUAACCGCUGCAGAGCAGUCCAAUCCUCAAAAGUCAAUCAGAAGUGCAUCCAAGAAACUUCUGUAUCGGAUUGUGGGCAUUUAUUGUAUGACAGCUGUCCUCCUCGGAUUUUUAGUGCCUUAUACCUCAGACGAAUUAUUGGGCUCAGGUGAUUCUGCCACGCAUGCCUCGCCUUUUGUGAUUGCCGUGGCAUCUCAUGGUGUAAAAGUUGUUCCUCAUUUCAUUAAUGCAGUGAUCUUGUUGUCGGUGUUGUCUGUGGCCAAUUCUGCCCUAUUCUCCUCAUCUAGAAUCCUGCUGUCGUUAUCUGAACAAAAUUUCGCGCCUCGCUGCCUAAAUUACGUCGAUAGAAGAGGUAGACCAGUUUUCUGCUUGUUGAUAGGCUGUGUUUUUGGCUUGUUAUCGUUUGUCGCGGCCUCUCCGAAAGAAGAGACCGUCUUCACCUGGCUUUUGGCCAUUUCUGGGCUCAGUGAGCUGUUUACUUGGUUUGCCAUUUCGAUGUCGCAAGUGAGAUUUAGAGCAGCCAUGAAAGCUCAGGGCAGAUCUUUAGGCGAACUCGGGUACGUUCCUUGGACAGGUGUUUGGGGUGCAUACUACGCCAUGAUCAUGAUCAUAGCCAUCCUGGUAGGUCAGUUUUGGGUUGCUAUAUCGCCGAUUGGGACAAACGUGUUGAGCGCCAGCAAUUUCUUUGAAAACUAUCUGGCCAUGCCAAUUCUCAUUGUAUUAUACUUAGGUUACAAGGCGUGGUAUCGCGAUUGGCGAUUGCUGAUUCCUGCGGAAGAGGUCGAUCUUGUAUCGAGUAGAAAAGUGUUUGAUGCUGAGGUGCUAAAACACGAGCAGAUGGAAGAAAAGGAGAAAAUUCGCAAUUCUUCUUGGGCAGUCAGGAUGUCGAACUUCUGGUGCUGA